AUGAAUGUCUUGUUGCUUAAAAGCCAGUAUAAAUGUUCUUUGGUGGUUCGUUUCUGUUUGGUCCGUUUCUUCUUGAAUACUUCGGUCAACGUUUCUUGUGGAGCAGGGUCGAUGGUUUCGGAUUGGGCUGAUUGUGGGGGAGUCUGUGUAGUGGAGCUAUAUGUUGUAGAUCCUGGCACAAUUGGUGAAUCUUCAUCCACUAUUACUUCUUCCUUGAUCGCUUUCUUCGGUACGCUACCAAACCAGCUGGAAGCUCUUGGAGAAUUGCUGAGCGACGAGGUGAUUCGCGAGGAGUUUGCGCGAGCCAGUGCCUGUUUGGUUUUGAAGUCGGACGGAGACGAGGACAAUGGAGAGUAA